GGCACCUUGUCCGUCCGCUGCUCUCGGGGGCGAGCUCCUCGAAUGUGUGCGUGCGCGCGCGCAAAGAGCGUGUUUGAGAGUGUGUGUGUGAGUGACUGUAUGUGUGUGUGCGCGCGCGUGCGUGUGGCUGCUCUGCUGUUGCUGCCCUUUGAUCCCUGCAUUAGUGUUAGUUAGGGGCUCGGAGACACACUUGCACCGAGAGCAGCCAUAGUCAAGACACGGCAACAACAACAGCGGCACCUCCUCCGCCUGUGUUCCCAUUCCCCCCCAACAAUACACUUUAAACCGAGCAAAGCCAGGUGCACGACCAAGUCCCUGCCAUCACUGGCGCCUCCAGUCUCAAUGGGAAAAACCUUUUUUCUUCUUAUCCCUAAACAAGGACGAGAAUGUGAUUAAAAACGGGGGAAAAUGCCAAGGAGGAAGCAGGAGCAACCCAAGCGCCUGCCUUCACAUGUGGACAGCAACGAGGAAGGAGGGCCUGACGAAGGUCCUGUGGAGGAAGAAGGCUGGUUUGGGAAUGCUUCUGACACGCGCUCAGAGUCGUCGUCCUACGGAGACACCCAGGAUGAACUCCUCCUCGCCCGGGGCUCCUCUCCGGAUGAGCGGCCCGGAGUCAGCACUGGGUCCGGGGACCACGAUACCUGUGGGGGUGAGAGCUCAUUGGGUUGCCCCACACCCGUCCAUCGUGCCUCUUUGGAACUUCUCGGACUGGAUGGAAGUGCAUUCUCGGCCCAGGACACACUCUCUUCUGUGGUAUCAUCGCUGUACGGAGAGGCGGCGUCUCGUGCCCUGGGGAAACCCCUCAGCAGCAACUUACGGCGCCUCCUAGAGGCCGGGUCGCUGAAAAUGGACACCGGGGAGCUGCUGGGCCGGUCAUCCAGGGGAUGUGCUGGGGGGGAGUCUCCACCAAUAGGUCUCGCCCCGCCUCUGACCCUCUCCCCGUCUUCCCAUCAUGCCCAGCAGUUAAGUGCUCUUGCCCGAAAACUGGCCGCCAACAACAACAACAACAGCGGCUCAGCCUCACCGGCCUCCUUGGCACCCUCGGUCACCAACAUUAAGCAAGAGCCCCUUGACCCCUUUAACUCUGUCACCCCUACCAACGGCAGUGGCUUUGUAUGGGCAGGUGUUGCAGAUAAGUGGCCACCGGCCAGCUGCUCCACGCCCUGUGGCUCCAGCCUGUCCCCGGACUCAGCCAUCCAGAAGCUAAAAGCGGCCGCGAACGCCGUGCUUCAAGACAAGAACGCCGUGGCCUCCUCCUCGACGACCUCUUCCUCCUCGUCCACCUCCGGCUCGUCUGCGGUGCCCGCCCUCGGAGGGGGCGGUCGAGGAGACGACGUGGUGCGCUUCGAUGCCUUCAACUCUCCGUUCAGCCCACAGUCGGCCAGCUCCACCCUCGCUGCGCUUUCCAAGAAAGUCAGCGAGCGGAGUCAAACCUCGUCGACGACCAGCGCUGCUACCGACCACCAAUCCUCCAAUUCCUUCCUCUCGCUCGUGUCGAUGACCUCCUCUGCUGCCUUGCUCAAAGAGGUGGCGGCCAGGGCAGCGGGAAACCUGCUGGCAGAGAAGAAAGAUGGUUCCUCCUUGGCGACUGCCGGGGUCCUCCAAGAGGACGUGAAGCCUUUGCUAGACAAGAACCAGAGGGCUCCCACGCCCUCUACACCCACCCAGAGCCUAGACUUGCUGUUGCCCUCGACUCCAAAGAGCAGAGGCAAACCCAACAGCCAAGCAGGCUCUCCUGAGGAGGGCGGCAAACCGUUCCAGUGUCCGGUGUGUGGACUGGUCAUCAAACGCAAGAGCUACUGGAAGAGACACAUGGUCAUCCACACGGGCUUGAAAAGCCACCAGUGUCCCCUGUGUCCCUUCCGCUGUGCUCGCAAAGACAAUCUUAAGUCCCACAUGAAGGUACAUCAGCACCAGGACCGGGGCGAGACAUUUCAGUGCGAACUCUGCCCCUUCACCUCCUCCCGUCACUUCAGCCUGAAGCUUCACAUGCGCUGCCACCAGCACUUCCCCCGCACAGACGUCAAGGUGAAAGAGGAGCUCACCACCGACACGGAGGGCGAGGGCUCCCUGAUGGGCGACAGCGGCCCCACGGACCUGAGAGGGACGGCGGUGUCCCCGCUGCACUCGGACUCCCAGCAGCAGACGUCCUCUCAGCUCGAGGCUUCCUCCAAUCACGUCCACAUCAAGGAGGAGCCACAGGAGAGGGAUCUGUCCGUGCUCUCGCCCUUUAGCAUGUGCAGGGACCGUCCCAGCAGCAGUGCCAACUCCCUGGACCUACCUGGAGUCGGGGUAGGAGUCGGGGUCAGAUCCAGUCCUAGUGGUCCAUCCACAGCCUCCCUCUUCAGCCCUGACAUCACUACCAAGACGGCAACUGACCUGCUUAUGAAGCUUUCAGCGGCCAACCAGAGGGAGACGCUCAAGUCUCCAUUCCAACUGAAGGAAGAGCCCAAAGUGGAGGAAGUGUUGAGCCCCCGACCGUCCUCCAAGUCCCAGAGCCAGGUACAGCCAAGCUUCCCUGCAGCUUUCUGCCAGGACGGGCCAGUGAGGGCGGCAGCAGCAGCCACGGAGCGCCCCGGGUCACUGAAACCAAGGGAAGGAAGUCCCAUGGCUAAGAACACCUUGCUGACCCAGGAUAUCAACAUUAAGGUUGCCUCUGAGCUGCUGAUCAAGCUUUCAGAGAACAGCAAAGAUUACUACCAGAAGUUGAAAGUAAAGGCAGAGCCGAUGGAGGUGGACCCACCCCCCGCUGAACUCGCCACACCUGCCUCUCACCUGCGGGCCUUCAGCACUUUAAGGGCGAGUGAGAAGACUGAGCCAAUGAGUAACCUGCUAGAGACACUGGCCCACCCCCAGAAAGACCUGUUCUCCCAGGACAUAUCGGUCAAAAUGGCCUCCGAACUACUGUUCAAAUUGUCAGAAAAAGUCAGCAAAGCCAAUAACCACAAAGACAGUAACAUGGUGGGAAUAAACAGUUCGUUCCUGGACGAGUGCUUCAGACAAUCACCCUUUAACUCACGCUCCAAGAGCUCUUCCCCCGCAGAACCCAGCUCUUCUACCCGGGCACUGUUCCAUGACUCAGAAAAGGACGAUGGGGAGCCGGGAAACGGGAUCGCCCCGUGGAGACUAAAUGAGCAGCUCUUCCCCUGUCCUGUCUGCGGCAAAGUGUUCGGUCGACAGCAGACGCUUUCUAGACAUCUGUCUCUACACACAGACGAGAGGAAAUACAAGUGUCACUUGUGUCCUUAUGCAGCCAAGUGCCGGGCUAACCUCAAUCAGCACCUGACCAUCCACUCUGUCAAGCUGGUCAAUACAGAUGCUGAGCAGAUCGUCAGCGCUGUUACAGCCGAGUCUGCCGAGCGCAAGAACUGCCCGUACUACUACAGCUGCCAUGUGUGUGAUUUCCAGACGGAGCUGAAUGCCCAGUUUGUCAGCCACAUGUCGCUCCAUGUGGACAAGGAGCAGUGGAUGUUCUCGCUCUGCUGCAGCGUCUGUGACUACGUCUGCAUGGAGGAGAACGACAUGAAGAACCACAUUAGUACCGGACAUGCAGGUCUGAGCUCAAGAAGUCCCCUCAGCGAGACCAAGAGCACCUCCUCUUCCCUCUCGGCCCUCAGCGACUCGCUCAACAGCUCGGAGGGCGGAGACCUCACCCACGGUAACGAAGAACUCAGGGGCCUGCUGGCCCUGCCCUCCUCCGCAGGGAGCCAGUCCAGCUCUGGAAGCCACUCGGGAUCAGGAACUGAGGACAAGUCUGACAAAGGCUUCGAAUGCGUCUUCUGCAAUUUUGUGUGCAAGACGCGUAGCAUGUACGAACGGCACCUUCAGAUCCACCUCAUCACACGGAUGUUCGAGUGCGACGUCUGCCACAAGUUCCUCAAGACGCCCGAGCAGCUGCUGGAGCACAAGAAGUGCCACACCGUCCCCUCCGGAGGGCUCAAGUGCCCUUUCUGCAUCUACUCCACCAAUCGUCCAGCGGCCAUGGAGUGCCACCUUAAGACGCACUGUAAGAUGGAGUACCGCUGCCGCAUCUGCCAGGGACUGUGGCCGGACCAGGCCUCAUUGGAGGCCCACAUGCGCGGGCACCGCCUGGGCAACCACUACAAGUGUGAGCAGUGUGGCUACUUGUCCAAGACGGCCAACAAGCUGAUCGAGCAUGUGCGUGUGCACACGGGCGAGCGGCCCUUCCACUGCGACCGCUGCUCUUAUAGCUGCAAGCGCAAGGACAACCUCAACCUGCACAAGAAGCUGAAGCACGCGCCGCGCCAGACUUUCGGCUGCCAAGAGUGCCCUUUCACCACCACACACCCCUUCGUCUUCAGCCGCCACCUCAAGAAACACCAGAGCGGAGGAGCGGGGGGUCUGGACGGAGGCUUCGGAGGAGAAGAAGAAGAAGAAGUGGAGGAGGACGAGGAGGCGGGAGAGGAGGAGCUUCCACUCCAGGGAACGUCACCGGGGGUCUCUUCGUUGCGAAAGAGCCGGGAGAACUUCCUGUUUAGCAGAGGAGGCGGGAGCAGCGGAGGGAGUGGGAGUAACAGCCCUCUCAUGAGUCUGACGGCGUCCCAGGCGCUCCAGUCCGUCGCCCUGUCACUCACGCUGGGCAAGUCCCGCCCGCUGGAUGCGACUGGCCCUCUGCACCGCUUGGUCGGCACCAACGGCAGCACCACCACCACCAGGAACCCCGGCGGCCCGAGCAGCGGCAGCCCCUCCCUCUUCCUCCCCUCCUCCCGCCACGUGUUCGAGCAGUACAGGAACUGCGACCGGGCGCACAUGAUCCCCCUCACCACCUUGUUCACCCACAACAGCCGCCUCACAUUCCACUCGCACCUCCACUCCAGAUGGCGGCCCGCCACAUCUCCUCUCCUCUUCUCCUCCAGCUCGGCGUCGCCCUCCCGCUCUUCCCCCUCACCCUCCUCCCACAAACACUCCUUCCUGGCCUACCUGGGACUGAUGGAGAGGGCCAAGACUGUUUGACCUCGCCCUCCCCCUCCUCCUCCUCCUCCCCUCACUCCUCGGACGGUGGUGUGAAUUGACACUUGACCACUGCAGUGGGGGCAACGUCUUUUCCAAUCAGACCAGCAGAAUAAGCUGGAGCAGACAAACAUAUUGAAGAAAAGAAAAGAAAAACAUUUAUAAGAGAAAAAGGCUGUACAUGCUAAAAAUGCAUUUAUAUCAAGAAGCUGCUUUUCUUAUCAGUUCUAUCAAUUGAAUUAUUACUACUUCAACUACUACUCUCUAUUACCUUUAUUUUUUUUUUCUGUUUUGAAAUGUCUGAAUGACUUGGACCCAGUUGCAUUAUCUGAGGAAACUAUCGUAUCUCAGUUUCAUAGAUAUUUUUCUUUUAGUCGUUUGACGAGAUAAAAAGAUGAAACAAAAACUUGCAAGUGCUAUAUUUUAGUGCAUUUUUGUCUAUUGCUAUUAUGCAUCGAAAUAGCAUGCCUGUGUUUCAACUAGCUUUGACGUCAUUAGGAAGCUAAAUUCGAGAUAUCCUGAAGUGUUAGCGGUGCAACGUGGACAGAACCAAUGAAACGGGAGCGCUUUUCCUCGUAAAAAAAGGCACGUUUCCAAAGCAACGCCUCAAACCACGCACUUACUUAUUUAUCAAGUCUUGUACAUAGUUUUGUAGCCCCUCCCCCUUCCCAUCCUUUUGAUUUCCGUUGUUUUUUUUGUAUAAUGGUGAAACCAUAUUAUGCAUAGCUGCUGCCUGAUAUCGCCUCUGUCUCGGAAUAAAUAUCCUUUCGAUGAGUUACUAGCUAAUUGUAACAGUUUUUUUUGUAAGCUCCCUAAACAGAAGAUAAGCUGUGAUAAUGUAAAUAAGGAAAUUCUGACUUAUGACAAGAAACAUUCUACAUUUAUUACCAAUAAUUAGAUUUGAAUAUAAAUGUAAAAUGUUGACAAUGGAUUUGCACUCCUAGUGAAAUAAUGAGAAACAGUCAAUCGAUUAUUUCUGAGACCAGGUGGAAAUCAGCGCAACUUGAUAUGCAGAACUAUGUGCCCCGCACCUGUACCUAGAAGAGAUAUAUGAGAUAACUGUUUUGUGGAGGUGACCGGCUCCGGGUUAGCAAGCUACCCACAGACCCGGUCACCGCAGGCCGAUUCAAUGGUGCUUUUUGGAGCUUUUUGUAAUUUUUUGUGUACAAAAAAAAAGAAAAAAACUGUUCCAAAAUGACUUGAAUGAAUGUAUUUUUGUUUAUGUACAUGGAAAAAAAGAAGCGAUACAGAAGUUGUGAGCAGGGAAGAGACGGGAAAGUUAGCGUGUUUGGUGGCCUUCUGUGUCUUUUUCUUUUUGUCUUUCAUUUUUUUUCACUUUUUUUACUGAGCCUUUUACAUCCUAAUAAAAACAUUUUCUACUAACAUUCAUAGGGAACCCAUCGUGGAGAAAAAAAAGCAAAAAAAAAAAGCUCCUGUAGGUGCAAUGAUGAAGCAAAGCCAUUCACUUGUACAGCAUUGUUUUCAAUGGCACUGGCUUCUGUAUGCCGGCAGACAUGGUACUGCCCCCCCCCCCCCCCCGUCUCUUUUUAACCUUUUGAGUUUUAAUUGCACUUAAUAUAGUUACACUUCAAGCCAAAAGCACUUAAACCUUUUAUUUUCCCUUUUUUUUUUUUAAAGUGCAAAUGUAGAUCCAGCGAGUUACCAUAAUGUGAAGUGGACAGUAGCUGCUGGAAACGACUCGAUCGUCAACCCUCAGUUUCACGCGUAAGCAUUUCUAGCAGUGCAAAAGGGCCGGCCUCUGUGAAAUCGGAGAACGUAAAUUAAUACAAAUUGCAUGAAUUAGACAGCAUAGGUCAAGCUCUCCCUGGGAACUAAAGGUCCCAGGCUAAAUUGUGAUAGCCAGUUUUGCACAGUGCUGCACUUUCUGAUUAAGAGAAUAUGUAUUUAUCCGUAAAAUGUUCAAAAAGAAGUAUGUUUUGCGAGGCAGAGCAGCAAAGUACAAGCAUUUUAUUUUGAAAAAAGCUUUAGCCAUUAUCUAUAGCGCUUGUGUUUUUAAGUGGUCUUCAAGCCAAAAUCUCUUAUUGUAAAGGGAUUGUUUUUUCUCCUUUUGUCUAUUUUACUCAUGCAUUUUCCUACAAUGGAAUCAUUGUUGCUUUUUGUUUGUUUGUUAUUUUUCUACUUUAAUCAUGUCAGAAAAAUGUCGAUUGGACAGAGAACAUGAAUUGUCGAGACCAAAAUGUAACACGCCGCAGGAUGUGAUGCUAGGAUUGAAUCCGUCACGUCCUCUUUUGGAGCGGAGCCUCGAUUGUCCCCCUUUACACUGUUUGUUUGUUCCUUUUUGCUCCGUCAAUGUCUGGCAGCAUGUCUGGAGUGAAAGGAGCAUCUCUCCGACACACACACACACACACACUCUCUCCUUGUACUAUCUACGUUAUCUUUUAUACUCUAGUGCCACUUGGUGGAAGGAAACCACCUGAGACUUCUGAGAAUGAGUCAAACUAAUUGUCAGGGUCCAAAAGAUUAAAAAGAAAAAGAAUGUGUCCGAUCUCGACACCUUUUUUUUUAAUAAUGUCUGCCUUUUAUUACAGCUUAAUCAUCAAUGGCUGCACUUCAUUAUGUCCCACCUAUUUUGAGUGUAAUGUUUAAAAAGGCAACAGGGCUCUAUCCUUUUGAAAACCAAUAUUCUUAAGCACUUAUUGUUUAUUUUUGCCCAAUUGUACGCAGCACAGUGACCUUUUUAUUUUUUUACUACCCUUUCAGCACUUCAGAGUCUGCAUGACAUUGCCCUCGCUCUAGUUCUUUGGCACUUCAUUGUGUUUAAAACUAACUCCCUUGGUUGCAUUUAGUUGGCAUCCCACUGCACUGUCUACAAUCAGUUUAAGUUUGGCUGUAUGUUCUGGUUAGAAAAGGCUCAGCUAUCUUAUCUUUUGGCACUCGGUAAAGAUUGGUAUGUGCUGUACAAAGCUUUUUUUUAUUACUCCAUUGUUAAGGCUGUACAGGGUUGUGACGAUAACUGGUAAAUAGAUCAUUUGUACUUUUUUGGUUUUGUAUUUGUUUUCUUUGUUUGGCAUUAUUUUAUGUUCAACUUGCCAGGUCUAAAUGUAACAGGAUUUGAAAGUAAAGCUUACAUCAGAUAUUACGUCAGCUGUUUCUUUCCUCUGCUCAUUCUCCUGACGGCGUAGAUCACAUUCAUCGCUCGUGCACUUUGCUAAACGCCUCCUAAAACUCUUUUCAUCUUCCUAGCUGACUCGUUUCCUCACUGAAUAGUGACACAAAUGCUCAUCGUCUCUUAUGCAUAAACAUUUAGUAUAGUUUCUCAUAUUUGUGCUGCUUAUAACGGAUCCCUUAACUACGUAAACACUUCAACCGUCUGUGAGCUAGCAGCUGUAGCAUCUUGCUGGUGCCACUGGUUAUAAUUUGUCAACUGAAAAUAUACAGUCGGCAUAUUAUUAAAUAUUUGACAUCUACAGUUGUUCUACUCCACUGAAUAUUUGAAAAGCCUUAUUUAAGUAUUUUAAGUCCAAAAAACACAGUUCAUAUAGAAAGACCUUACAUGGAGAAAUAUACACACACAGGCUUUAAAAAGUCUAAGUCAUUGAAUUCUAAAAAUAAAGCCUUAAUUGGCAUUAGUUUACAUUUUUUCAAGUCUUAAAACUGCUAAAACACAGGAAGUAGGUGUUUCCUGACAAAAUAAUUAGUGAAUAUUUUUAUGACAUUUUCAUGACAGACUAUAUCAUAACUUUUUUGAUUACAUACUAUGACUUUUUCAAUUAAAUCUUUAUGACAAACUAUAUUAUUACAAUACAAGGACUUACUAGGCAAACUUCACUAUGGCGUGUUAUGACAUACUAUACGAUCACCUUUUUAUGGCACUUUGUGUUAUACUAUACUAUGACUUUCUAUAACACAUUUUACGAGUAUUUUAUUGAAAUAUAUAUGGCAUACUAUUACUUUUGAAUGACAUGCUGUACUAUGACACUUUACUGACAUUCUAUACUAUUGACCUGCUUACGCAAUUUCUAUAUCGUGCUAUACUUUUAAAUGACAUCCAUCUUUCAUGGCAUUUUGUGGCAUACUAUACUAUAAUUGAUUAUAUUAGCAAUUUAGUUAGCAAUAUCACAUACCAAAACAAAACAAUGUUAUAUAAAAUGAUAUCACAAUACGAUUCCACUGAAAGUCAACGGUCAAUAAUAUUCAAUAUUGCUCGGCCCACGGUGUAGCAGGGACCAAGGGAGAUUGCGUUGCAUUUUUGAGUGGAUCGGAAACGAACAGGGCGGAGACGCAUUAUUUUUCACUUUAAUUAAAAUUGCGAGAUCGGCCAUUUGGCCUUGAUCGAGGUCUGCACGCUCCGAGUGCCCCUCUUGUUAUUAGUGUCGUCAUGUCGCUCACAUUCAAAUAAAUGUACACACUUAAAUCAAAAUUCUGCAAUGCAAGUUAAAAGAAAUGCAAAAGCUUUGGUGCACAUUCCAUAUUCCUCUCAGCAAAAGAAAGGAAAUACAUCAGCAUGUUUCAGAGCAAUGAGAGUGGACAUCACUCAGUGGGGAGACGGGGAUGUGAGUUAAGGAACAGCACUGAUCAUCUUUGAGGGACAAAGCAUUCUCUAAUGUAUAUCUGUGGCGUGCCAUCAUAAUAAUAAGAAAUAGGAUCUGUCAUGGUGUCUAGCUGGUGUUUUUAUUAGACCGAUGGGAGGUCUCUCUCCCUCUCCUUCCUGUGUUGUAGUAAUGAAAGUUACUGCACGUUCUCGCCCAGCCAAAGGUUGGCCCUGCCUAAUGAAAACAGAUGAAGCAGAGAUAAAGUGUUUGCCGACAUUAAGGGACUCAUUUAUCACCGUUAGCCCCCGAGCUAUAGAACACCUUGGUCUGGAGCUCUCCUUUAACAGGCCUUGCCUCACAGCACCCUGGUGGCACACUGCAGCCUUCCAGGCACAUGAGCACCGCCAUCUUUACCGCUCUUUCUCUUUUUUUUUUCUCGUUUUAGCAUUGCUUUAACAAGACAAUAUCACUGUUUACAUCUAUGUGUGUCUCUUCCACAGGGUUUAAACAAGCUGAGGUGAAGUUUUAACUGAGUGUUUCUAAGUUUCUAAAGGAUUUAGCAGUCCUUGCGGGACCUCCAUUGCCGCGCCCUCGAUGUUGACCCACAUGGGUUCAACAGCCAUCUGAAGCCGAAUCUCUUCUGUCGAAGAGCCAUGUUCUCAUCUAGCUGCUCAUCUUGCCUGUGUUAUAAUGAAUCUUUUUCGGCUGUGUUUAAAGCUGCUUAAUUAAGUUCAAAGCAGCGCUCGGGGCACCGUGCGCCUGCUCAGCUGACCUCCCCUACGAGUGGAAGUGUUGAUUAGGAAGUGAAGAGACAUGCAGGCACUGCAGGGGAUGGCUAUUGAUUGAAAGGAUAGAAAACCUCAUUUGGAUUUUGUGAUUGGAACACCACACUGUACACGGGGGCUGUUUUUCUUCAUUUGCCGAAGAACAAUAACUCCACUCCGGCGCUGACAUGUUCGGUGAAAUUGUCAACUAAGUGAGGAACUUCUGUGAUAAGACUAAACGCCGGAGUUUUCCCUCGUCCCAAUAAUAGCCCUUCACCCCGGCCCGAGCUGUCUGCACAAUGUCGACCUUUCGACACCACCUCGCGAAAGUUGGCCGCUGUCAAUCGAUAGCGUGUUAGCUUUUUGUUUGAAGGUUCAGGCUGCCUUGGCUUUAUUACAGCUGCUGAGAGUCAUGGGGGAGUCGUGCACGGCUUUGUGAGAGAGGAGCUCCCUCUUGUUUGCCAAAAGUGUAAUCCCGCCGUGACCCGCCGUGACCCUGCCCUGAGAGGAAAGCUGCUUAGACAGAAGUGCGUGUCUGUGGGAGCUCCCAGCUGCCUGGCCUCUCUCUCCCUUUUUCCCUCCAUUUUGCUCACUACAUACACCUCACACGUUCCCCCGCCUUCAUAGCUCCAUAUACAUCUUUUUAAUCUCUCCUUUUACCCUCACUCUAUACUCUUUUUCUUCCCUCCUGUUUACCUCAUCUUUUUCUGCUCUUUCCUUAUUUUACAGUUGACUCCAUGCAUGCUUCACUCGGCAUCAAUACUUCCAGGACUCCCCCCCGUUCCUCACCACCAUCGUGGUUUUUACCCUGUGCACGAGCAGAGGUUUUGCUAAGUGGAGACAGAUCUCUGAUUUUCUUUUUUUUUUUCUCCAACAGAGAAAAUAAACAUACAAAGUCCUGCCCUACACAGCUCCCAGUACAGGCUGGCUCACAGACCACUGGCUCACAGAGAAGAGAAAAUGAAGGAAGAAAAUGACCUCUGGAAUCGAUUUGGCACGGGGUUGAAGCCAGAGCAACAACGUACGCAGAACAAGGCUCCGCUGAGGCUGCUUGUUGAUUCGUAAAUCUAUUAAUCUUUGAAAAAAUUAGGCAUCAAAAUGAAUUGGUGAACAUGAAAUUCCAUGUUUAUUCAGUCCAUAAGUCUGCACACGCUGCUAGAAAUACAUGCAAAGUGCAAGGCAAAAACAAAGAUGGCUGUGCAUGAAAGACAAUUCGCACCUGAGCUCCACCUGAGGGAGAGAGAUGAUCUGGAGGCUCGUGUUGGUGCGUCACUCACUCGCCACUGAGUCGGGGUUGGACACGCGUGGUGGGACAUGUAUUUACAUGCGUGUUUGGUGCCCAGCCCACGGGCAUAGCAUCACUGCCUGCCCGAACCCCCCGCUGCGGCCCUUCCCCACUCUCUGGGGUGAGACAUCACUCGGCUGGGGGUCAGCAGCAAUCUGAGUCAGGAAGCCCUGCGGGGGGUGUUUGGGGGAGGGGGGAGGGGGAUUACCCACAAGUCCCUGGGCCUAGCAUAUCCAGACUUAGGGCAGCCUGAAUCAGUGGGGAGGACAGAUCAUACCCCCUGUUGGGUGCUGCCUCAAAUAUAAAGCUACUGCUUGGCCAUUCCAACUGGAUGACAAACGCAUUAUAGAAGAGAGGAAGGGGAGGAGGAGGCUGGUAAUGGGCAGAGGGAGAGCAGCUCUACUUGAGUGUGAUCGUGUCUUUGAAAUAGAUAGGACAAAAGCCAGCCAACUCCCCUGUUGUUAAGCUUUGCUGUUACCAUGGCAGUCUAUGACAGUCACCAGCCAUAGGUUACUUGGUUUCUAUGGGUAACAGUUGGCGCUGCACUUCAUUCACAUCGUCUGC